AUGAGUGCGAAAAUUAAAAAUGUGUUAGAAGUUGUAUCAGGCUGGGAAGCAGUGGAACUUAUCUUAAAGUGUUUGAUAUUAGGCAUUUGGCAAAUUAUCCAAAUAACAGUGAAGAGGUUGUGGAAAGGACACCGUAGAAAAUUAUCCAAGAAUUAUCCACCAUUUGAACUCACUGAAGAUUCAUCAGUAGGAACACACUGUUUAAUAAAAAUAAUGGGGGUAAAAUAUCAUUACGUAAAAUGUGGUCCAAAAUCAGGUCCAAUAGUUCUUAUAUUGAGCAAUGCACCAGAGACUGAUGACUUGUGGGGCCCUACUUGGUCUAGAGUUGUGAAGCGGUUAGUUGAGAACGGCUAUCAUGUGAUAACUCUAGACCUGAGAGGGACUGGUGGCAGCGAAGGUGGAAGUAGGAGUGACCUGUCACCGCCUAGAGCUGUUGAAGAAUUAUCUACAUUAAUGGAGGCAUUAGGAGUGUCGGAGAGAAACCCUGCCGUUGUUAUAGGUUUUGGUGUUGGUGGUUUGUUAACAUGGUACCUCGCACACUGCCACGGACCUCUGAUCAGCAAGGUUGCAGUAGUGGGCGCCCCACAUCCGAAUCUCUACUGGCAAUAUCCACCUGCCCCUUUCUGCGAGCGAGCACUACAUUUCACACAAUGGCCUUACUUCCCUGAGCGGUGGCUGGCGGAGGGCAGGUUGCAGGCCAACGAGGAACGGCGGUGGGCGAUCUCGCGCGCCUGCGACUGGGCAGGGCCGUUAAACUACGUUAGAGGCGCAGCAUGGUGGCGCAUUAGAAAGAACCAUCGUAUAGAUUCCCCGGCGUUACUCGUGGGCGCUAAGGAUAGCGCGGCUCAGCUCGUGUCCAGCGCUCACUAUUGCACCAACUCGACCCUCAGGCUGGUCACCAAACCAAACCCCUCGGAUAUAGAGCUGCCCGCCGUUAUAUUAGACUUCCUUAUAUGCUCAAACAAAGACAAAGCCGUUGAGGAGGUAGUAUCCCGCGGUCUCGUGGGCCGCAUGUUGGGGGCAGUGGCGGGCCGCGGACGAGAUCUCACCGCCAGGCUGGCGCUGCCCACGCAGGCGUAA